AUGCACAACUUGUCGGGCCUACUCUGUCUUCUUAACAGCCGAAUGCUCUAUUCAGUGUCGGCCAGACGACGAGUUCAAGUGGAUCCUCCAUGCGAAGGAUCACUUUUCAAAAUUUUCCUGAGCCUACCCGCUGAAGACCAAAGAGGCCGAUCCGAUAACGGUAAGGAGUUUGUCGCGAAAGUCAUCAAGGACUUGAAGAACACUUGGACCGAUUUGGUCAUAAUCAACGGUCGAGCUCGGCACCCACAAACUCUAGGUCUUGUUGAGCGCGGCAAUCAGACUCUUGAGUUGGUCUUGGGCAAAUGGAUGCAGUGCAAUCAAUCAGCGGAAUGGUCCAAAUGUUUGGCUCCUGUUGUUUACUCUAUCAAUACAAGCACAGCUUGUACAACGAGAAAAACACCAUACGAGGUUGUUUUUGGCCAACCUCCACGAUCCGAUUUCGAAAUGUGGAAAAAACUAAGCGAAGAAGGAGUGGAAGAUGAAGAAAAUAUGCCUAUCGACAUCAUUACGGCGUUUGCUGAAGUACAUCAAUCCACCACUGACGAUGGACUGACCGAUCUCCCAGAGGACAGCAAUCGGAAUAGUGAUCGAAUUGAAACAAGAGCCUUACGAACAGAAUCAUCAGCAUCUCAUUCAUACUCAAUCGAUCCUGAAGUUGCUUCUGCUGUUGCCAUCCUCGUCGAUAAGGCAAGUUCUCGCGCAACUGAUGAGUUUAUCGGCUUACCUGAGUCUGAAGUUGCUAGCGAAAACGUGUCCAGUACGACUGAAAAUGAAAUUGGUCACCUUUCGAGUGCCAUUCUCCGUGAUGGGAGACAUAAACGAAUUAGAACGGAAGCUGAAAUAGAUUACUUGAAGGCGAUUGCAAAACGGCAAAGGAUUUAUGAUAAUGCCAUCAAAAACAGCCAAUAUAAAGUCGGUGAUCUCGUUGGUCUCAAAAUUGAUCGAGUGAAUCGAACCAACACAACUCCGAAGAUCUUACCCUGCAAAGUUGUUUCGAUUUCACCAUCGUCGAAUGAUACUGUGAUGUAUCGACUAUGCACAUUGAAAGGAGUGUUGUCAGUAUCGUAUGGUCUUCAAGAUCUGCUGGAUUUAACAAAAUGUGAUUUUGCUGAUUUGCGAGCCGUCGAUUUGGCAGGACUAUCGACGUUGACAUUCAUUCAAGCUUGCAAAGAGUAUAUCUCUGCUGGAGGAAUCCAGUUUACCGAAACGUGCCAUUGCAAUGGCAAAUGUGCAACAAAGGCCUGUCCAUGCGUCUCCAAGGGUAUCAAAUGCAGUACAAAAUGUCAUCCAAAAAAGAAACAGUCAUGUUCUAAUGUUGAAUAA